CACCCGUCUGGAGCGGACAACAUCCACCAUGGACAACAAACCUCUACUGAGCGACCCCCGAAAAUCUAAUUAUCAGUCUGUGGGGAAGGUCCUGAGAGAAGCAGAGAAGAAGUAUAUAAAAACCCUAGACAACAGGAGGAUGUUCUUGGCCGCCUUUUCUGCAGUGCUUGGCAACUUCUCAUUCGGCUAUGCCCUGGUCUACCCCUCGCCCGUGUUGCCAGUUCUGGAAGAAGACACUGAUCCAGUUUUGCAUAUAACUGAUGCGGAAAAGUCAUGGUUUGGGUCCGUCUUUGCUCUCGGCUGCUGCGUGGGAGGAAUAAGCUCGAUGGUCCUGAAUGACCGCCUUGGACGUAAACUGAGCAUCAUGUUCUCGGCGUUUCCUGCAGCCGUGGGCUUCCUGCUUAUAGGCAGUGCCCAACAUGUCUCCAUGUUACUUUUGGGCAGGAUCCUUACGGGCCUGGCUGGAGGACUGACGUCAUCAUCUAUACCAGUUUAUAUAUCUGAGAUUUCCCACGCUGGAGUGCGGGGGGCGCUGGGGGCAUGUCCUCAGUUGCUGGCUGUAUGUGGAGCGCUGGUUCUCUACACACUGGGGCUCUUCCUGCCGUGGCGCUGGUUGGCAGUAGCCGGUGAAGUGCCUGUAUUGGUGAUGCUCUUGCUCCUCUGCUUCAUGCCCGACUCCCCGCGUUUCCUAAUAUCCAAGGGUAAAGAUGAGAAGGCUCUUCAGGCGCUGGUCUGGCUCCGGGGCCCCAAGACCGCAUACAGAGGGGAGUACCAGAGGAUUAAGGAGAGCGUCCUGAAGGCAAACAGUUCUCUGACCUUCAGCGAGCUCUCCGACCCCUACUACUACAAGCCCAUCCUCAUCGCCGUGUCCAUGAGGUGCCUACAGCAACUGUCCGGAAUCAACCCAAUACUGACCUACCUGGAGCCCAUCUUCAACAGGACCAAGGUCAUCCUGAAAGGCGGAUAUGACGCUGCCCUGGUCGGGCUUGUAAGGUUGAUCUCUGUGCUUGUGGCGGCUCUGGUAAUGGAUAAAGCGGGCAGGAAAAUCCUGCUUUUUGUAUCCAGUGCUCUCAUGUUGGUGUCCUCCCUGUCAAUGGGCUUGUACGUUCAUUUCACAGUAGACAUGAAGCACAAUUCCACCAACCUGACCAUGACCACCAGUGACCCGCACGUCCUUGCCGAUCCCGUCAACUAUUUAGGAGUCAUCCCCCUUGUGUGUAUCAUGCUGUAUAUUUUAGGUUAUGCUUUUGGCUGGGGACCCGUCACCUGGCUUCUCAUGUCUGAGAUCCUGCCACUUAAAGCCAGAGGAACGGCUUCAGGACUAUGUGUGAUGGUCAGCUGGAUCACCGGCUUUGUUCUCACCGAAGCUUUCCUGCCCGUUGUGAAUGCCUUUAACCUGGAGACUCCGUUCUUCUUCUUCGCCAUCAUCUGUGCGUGCUGCAUCCUCUUCACUUAUUUAUGUGUCCCAGAGACCAAGGGACGGACUCUGGAACAAAUCGAAUCCUAUUUCCGGACGGGUCGACGUUCCUUCAUUAAGUAGCCAUCGGGCAGACGACUAGAACCUGACUCUAAACCAAGACCCGCCGUCUUUUUUAAGGCCUUUCCGUAGUCCUGAUUGACAUCUAGAUCUUCAGAGAUAUGAAACUGUAAACUGCGACAUCGUGGACGCUGACGGCGCCGUCAGAAAUCGACAUAUGCUACAUUGUGGAUGCCAGGCUGUCCGAUUAGUCCAGGUAGAUCCAUAUGUAAAUACUAGGAUAAUAUUUAAUCAAGAUUAAAGUGUAGAUUUAU